AUGGCUUCGUCCAAUGUCCAUUCGAUGGGCCGUUUGCCCCUGCUCCUGUUUCGUUGUCUCCGGGUACCUGCCCGUUCGACCGUCAACUGGACCGCCACGCGUACUUUUGUUGCGUCUUCGCUAGCCCGUAAAGACGGGGACGAGCCACAGGGCCAUCUUCCCGGCCACCCGUCCUCAGUCUUUCUCACCUCGCUCAACGACAGCUUCUUCGACAGUGUUAAGCCCAAGACGCUCUCGGGCAAUCAGAAUGCAAAAGGUGGCAUUCCUACCUAUCGACUCAUGGACGGCGUCGGUCGUCUCUUGCCCGGUGUCACGGACGACAUGGUCAACAUUGACCAGUCCGAAGCCGUCAAGAUGUACCGCACCAUGCUGCUCCUCCCCGCCAUCGACGUCAUUCUGUACAACGCGCAACGCCAAGGCCGCAUCUCUUUCAUGAUGACUUCGUACGGCGAAGAGGGCGCUGUGAUCGGAAGCGCUGCUGGCCUGGACGCGAGGGACGAGGUAUUUGCACAGUACAGAGAGUCGGGCGUCUUGUUGUGGCGAGACUUUUCGCUGGACCACUUCAUGUCGCAGGUGUUUGGCGCCGAGGACGAUCUUUGCGGAGGUCGGCAAAUGCCCAUCCACUUUGGUAGCACUCAACACCAUUUUCAUACCAUCAGCAGUCCGCUUGCCACGCAGAUCCCACAGGCAGCGGGCGCUGGAUACGCGCUCAAGCGUACCAAGGGCAGAGAGGGCAAUGUCGUCAUUUGCUACUUUGGCGAAGGCGCUGCCAGCGAAGGCGACUUCCACGCCGGUCUGAACCUCGCCAGCACCACAAAGAGCCCCGUCAUCUUCUUCGUUCGUAACAACGGGUAUGCCAUCUCCACACCCGCUGCCGAGCAGUUCCGCGGAGACGGCAUCGCCUCCCGAGGUCCCGGCUACGGCAUGCUCACCAUCCGAGUCGACGGCAACGAUGCGCUUGCCGUCCGAUCUGCCGUCCAAGCUGCCAAGUCCAAAGCGCUGUCCGAACAGCGUCCCGUGCUGAUCGAAGCCAUGACCUACCGAGUGGGCCACCAUUCCACCUCGGACGACUCGUCGGCGUAUCGUUCCAAGCAAGCCGUCGAGAGCUGGAAGCAGAUGGACAAUCCGCUCCACCGCAUGCGCAACUUCCUCACCGAUCGCGGCUGGUGGAGUGACCAGCUGGAAGAAGAGGCCAAGGUGCAGCACCGAAAAAUCGUCAUCGAGGCCAUGGGAAGGGCGGAGAAGAAAAAGAGGCCGCAGCUGAGCAGUCUGUUUGAGGGGACAUAUCGCGGCGAGUUGCCGGCGAAUCUCAAGGAACAACGGGCUGAACUGGCCGAGCUGCUCGAAAAGUACGGUUCGCUGCCGGGAUGGUCCAAGGAGUUGGCCAAGCAUGCCAACGCAGGCAAGGAUAUGGAGCAGUAUCGAGAAAAGCAACAGGCCUGA